CAUUUGUAAAAAAAUUGAUGAACAUGCAAGACCUGUACGUGGAGGUGAGAAGGGAAAGAUAUAUGGUUCGGAUGUUUAACUAUGUCAUCUUCAAGAUAGAGCAGAGGUCGGAGGGGGAGUGGAAUGACAAGUUCUUCAUUGGCUACGAUACCAUAAUGAGGCGGUUUGCACCACGAGGGUUGACGACAGAGAAAUGGGAAGAAACCAAGUCCAAGAUCGUAGCAGAGAAGACUAUCGAUGUCCCGAAACGAUUGAGCGGCGUGGAUGAGGCAAAACUAGGAAAAGGAAAUGUUCGGGGGUACAAGGUGACGACUGCAAUAUAUAUGGAGUGUCCGUACUUCCUCAAGCUUUUCGUGCAUGAGAUUCUUGGCGCAGUUGAGCAAUUAAGGGACGAACUGAGACGGAUCAACUCAAAUGUUCAACACAUAAUGUGGGACAAGCGCAAAGAUCACACGACGUAUCUUCCUGUCUGCAUCACACCUAUGGAUGCACUGCACCCGGCAGAAGAUUUGACUCGUGCCGUGAGAAAGCUGAGUUGUCACCUUGCAGUAUUGGACUUGGCUCCGUUGAAGAAUCUCGACGCAUGGAGCGAGCAAAGGUUUCACGAGCUCCGCCAAAUGAUGACGGUGUUGUGCGCGUCUCAUUGGGCGCUAAUCAUAUUCAACGCAUUGAAAGUCGAGGAAACGGUGUUGAGGAACGUCUUCAGGUGGGACGGUGUGAGAGUUCUUCCAGGGCGUUGGCGUCGUUAUAGCAAAGCAGCAUCAUCCUGCGCCCAAGUUGGGAACCUUCCGUUGAGAGGGCGCGACUCAAUGACCAUUGUGUUGCACGAUACAGACAACGACUUGAAAAAGGUCACGGUCGCAAAGCCUCAUGGGAACACUCUCUUCGACACACAUUACGUGGAGGAGUUAUUUGUACGAUGUACAAAAGAGGCAAUCAGCGUGCGAGGCGAUAGCAAACCUUUGUACGGGAUAUGGGAAAGGGAACCUGCAAAGAUGAAAGACGUGUGCACCUGGUUUUCGAAGGAAGGGGAAGGUGUUCUGUUACUGGGCAACGUUCAGGCAGGAACAACGUGGGACUUGCUGCGCUCAGGACGCCAUGUCGUCGCAUGUGAUGGUUCCUCAAACCUGAUGGAGUACUCCACUUUGUUUAUCGAUCACCACGUUCACAAUCCGGAUAACAGGUGUCACUUUGAACGGCCGAAACCUCAACAUCGUGCAGACCGAGACAUGUUCCUGAAGCUCCGCAAGAAGAGGGACUCUCUGUGGAGCUAUCUUUUCUGCAAUGCACCCGCAACACCAACAGAUGGAGAUUACCUGCACCGUAAGGUGAUAGCGAUCCAUCACAACGCCAAACGCGGUGCAAUUGAGAUAUUUCUGGGCCGAUGUGAACACCUGCGGUUUGAAAGGAAGCGAGCCAAAAUUGAUGCCAAGGUUUACUGCGAGGUAAUGGACGUUGGGGAGCAGUUUGACAUUAUGGACAGUGAGGAGGAGACAGAGGAUGAGGAGAUUGACCUGCCAUUGCCGGAUGCACAUCAAAAUGCAGUGAGAGACGAAACGCCUCCGCUGUCCGCUAUGGGUGGUGAACAAGCGAUGGAGGAAGAUGUUGGUGGCACUAUCGCGAGUACCGGGCCCGAUAAUGUGAUGCAUGGAACAACGCCGAAAAAAGGUGGUGCAAUGGAAGGCAGCACAUCCAAGUGCGGCAUGAAGGAAGCUACCCCAAGAUUCGUUUCGUUGGUGAGGAGAGUUCGCAAUGACAUAGGAGCGGCGGACGACGAGACUCAAAAUGUUGCACGUGCAGACAAGGAAUCAGUGGACGACCAAGAUGGGAUGGACAUAGAGGAUGAUCACCUCUUUCACAUCCGGACGACGGAAAGAAUCCUCAGGAGUAGGUUUUAUGAAAUCGCAAAGGACAACUUGUCUAACCGCGUGAAGCAGGCGAACAGAGAGGCGCCAGACCAUAAAAUAUCAGACAAAGUGAACUUGUUAUUCGAAUUUCUGCGUGAAAAUCACCUUCUCGAGUAUUACGCUGCGUUCUACGACAAGAAAUCGAGUCCAUCGUAUAGAGUUGUCAUAUGGUCUGUGGACUACCGUGCAAUGGACUGUAUGUACGACAACGACAUACUUGUGGAAUGCAGUCAAGGCCUUGAGGGACACACAGGUGCAAGGAAGAAGAUCGAUUCAGCAGCAGCAGGAGGUGGUGGCGAGAGUGUGGCAGACAAGGAAGGGCAUCUCAGGAUGCAAAACGCAAUGGGAGAUGAGUUCAGUGAGCGGCCAUCGAGCACACCGCAACCAACACUUAGACCGUCAGAAGGCAUCAGUGCAGUGGGAGCCAGAAGUGAGACAACACCAACAGCAGGCGGGAAAGUUGUUGGCUAUGACGGAAAGAACGAAAAGAUUGAAGAGGACCAGCGACAAAAAGCAUCAGACGAAGAAGGGUCAAAAUUUCAGGCACAUGAGGUAGUGAAGGCGGUGSYRGGGAAUGUYGAUUCRCAUUCCAAGCRRUCGCAAGGAACACACGAUACGACUGUCAUCACUGCACAGGCGCAAGGCACCGACGAAGACACAAGGGAGCAAAGUGCACAUGAGAAAGAUGGGGGGGAAGGACCAGUGCUUAUGGAAUGCACUGGUCCAGGAACGCAAAUAGUUUCGGAGUCAACCAUGGGAGAAAGGAGAGCUGACAUGGAGGGUGUAAGUGGGGCAGAGCAUGAAAAGGUUCCAAGCACGGCAAACAGGGAGAGGGAGGAGGAAAAUGAGAAUGAAGAGGAGGCGAACAAGAUUCAGAAUGUGAUUAACUUGGUGGACCAGUCAGGUGAGAACGAAGAAACAUCUGAUAAGGAAGAAGCGAAAGAGUCGGGAGAGGAGUCUCAAGAAAGAGAGCGUGAUUUGAGCGAAGCGAGUGAGGGAAUAUGCGGUAGAAAAAGAAAAGCAGGCAAGGAAAAAGAGGAAUGCAGAAUGCGAUGUUAAAAAAGAGUCAGGGAGAAGAAAGCACAGUACAACGUAAAGUGCAUGUGUCU